AUGCAAAAAAUUGAGGCCCCCACCCCAUCUUGUGUCUACCCUGUCAAGAAGGGUGUAAAGCCCCUUCUAUACAAGCAGCACGGUUGUUUGGCCAUUGCAGGUACAUUGGCUACUACACGGCUUACACUCACCAGCAAGCAAACAGUUGUGGUCUUCAGGAUCAUCGUCGAUGCACGUUAUAGCUAUUCGUCGAGUUUCAAUUCUAUCUUUGUUUAUUAUUUCCAUCCUUGGUUACAAAGCUGUGGAUUCAAGAAAUUACUUCUUCGCCUUUCUGCACGACUUGGAUUUGAAAUUGUCCGACCAACAAUUUUGACAAUGUUGUUGAUGUCGGGAUGCACAGCAGCAAUUGCGAUAGGGUACUUGGGGAAAUAUGGGAACAACCACACUGGUUGGAUUGGGAUUUGUGACCAUUUUACCAAAUAUUGCAGCAGAAUUAUGUUAUCUGUUAUGUUGUCCUUUAUUUGUGUUAUGUUCUAUCUUUUCCUCACUGUAAAUUCCGUGAAUGUAUCACGGAAAAUUUAA